GUUCAGGCUGAAGUGUCUUGAUGACUAGAAUUCAGGUUCCAAGGAGAAGCCCACAAGGCUAAGAGUAUUGGAUAUAACGGAAAGUGGAAGCUAUACCUGACUUCCGGAGAAUGUGGAACGGAUAUAAGAUCUUAAUCUUCUCUUAUCUUACUACAGAAAUCUGGAUGGAGAAGCAGUAUUUAUCUCAAAGAGAAGUGGACCUAGAGGCUUAUUUCACUAGAAAUCACACCAUUUUGCAAGGUACUCGAUUCAAAAGAGCCAUUUUCCAAGGGCAAUACUGUAGAAAUUUUGGCUGUUGUGAAGACAGAGAUGAUGGCUGUGUCACUGAGUUCUAUGAGGCAAAUGCGUUGUGCUACUGUGAUAAAUUCUGUGACAGAGAAAAUUCUGAUUGCUGUCCUGACUACAAGUCCUUUUGCCGUGAAGAGAAAGAAUGGCCUCCUCACACACAGCCUUGGUAUCCAGAAGGUUGCUUCAAAGAUGGUCAACAUUAUGAAGAGGGAUCAGUAACUAAAGAAAACUGCAACUCCUGCACAUGCUCAGGACAGCAAUGGAAAUGUUCCCAGCAUGUAUGCCUUGUUCGUCCAGAAUUAAUUGAACAGGUGAAUAAAGGAGACUACGGAUGGACAGCACAGAAUUACAGCCAAUUUUGGGGAAUGACUUUAGAAGAUGGUUUUAAAUUUCGCCUUGGUACUUUGCCACCUAGUCCUAUGCUCCUGAGCAUGAAUGAAAUGACAGCUUCUUUACCUGCAACAACUGAUCUUCCAGAGUUUUUUGUUGCUUCUUAUAAAUGGCCUGGAUGGACUCAUGGCCCAUUGGAUCAAAAAAAUUGUGCUGCAUCCUGGGCAUUUUCCACUGCAAGUGUGGCUGCUGACCGAAUAGCAAUUCAGUCUAAGGGUCGAUACACGGCCAAUCUAUCCCCUCAGAAUUUGAUCUCUUGCUGUUCCAAGAACCGUCCUGGAUGCAAUAGUGGAAGCAUCGAUAGGGCUUGGUGGUACCUGAGAAAACGUGGACUGGUAUCCCAUGCAUGUUAUCCACUUUUCAAAGACCAAAAUGCUACCAGCAAUGGAUGUGCCAUGGCAAGCAGGUCUGAUGGGCGAGGAAAACGGCACGCCACGAAGCCAUGUCCCAACAACGUAGAAAAAUCUAACAGGAUCUACCAAUGUUCUCCUCCAUACAGAGUCUCUUCCAGCGAAACUGAGAUAAUGAAAGAAAUCAUGCAAAAUGGACCAGUUCAAGCCAUAAUGCAAGUCCGUGAGGAUUUUUUCCAUUAUAAGACAGGGAUAUACAGACAUGUUACCAGCACAAAUAAAGAAUCCGAAAAAUAUCGAAAGCUUCAGACACAUGCAGUCAAACUCACUGGAUGGGGCACACUGAGAGGAGCACAAGGGCAGAAAGAAAAAUUUUGGAUUGCUGCCAAUUCCUGGGGAAAGUCAUGGGGAGAGAAUGGCUAUUUCAGGAUUCUUCGAGGAGUAAAUGAGUCCGGCAUUGAAAAGUUGAUUAUCGCAGCUUGGGGCCAACUGACAAGUUCCGAUGAACCAUAACAUAUCAAUAAAUUUCCAUAAGGCCAUGCCUUUAAGUAACCCCCUAAAUUGAAGUUUAGCAAUAUGACAUUCUUGGUGACAGUGGAAUCUUUGUCUCUUCACCGUGUUAACAUAAUCAAGCUAUUUUCUUAUUUUCCCCUCUGGUCUGUGCUUCUGCUUCCUUCAUAUUACUGAGCAUUAAAAACACCAAUAAAGGACAGCAGAGUGCCUAAAUGCCUUUAAAGUUCCCGGGUUGCCUUGUUUUUCUGUUAUGAUGGUGUCCUUUUUGCCUUUACC